AUGGCAAAAAUAGCCGAAAUCGACGCUGGCCCUCUGGUCAAUGAUCAUCCCUCGGUCUUUUGGCACAUCGAACAGGGGCUACGUCGGGGCCCGCACGCCCCGGCUGUGGUAUGCAUUCACCAACCUUGGGAUCAGCUUAUUGAUAUCGUCCCCAUUGGAGAGAAUACCGAUCAGACCCUGUGUCUCACACUCUCAUAUCACCAAUUACAUGAAGCGGCACUUGCGCUGGCAGCUGGUCUUCAGGCCCGGGGUAUUCGGCCCGGUACCCGCAUUCUCACGCUAAUCCCCAAUGGUGCGGAGUAUGCUAUUCUCCUCUGGGCGUGUGCGCUGCUCCAUUUACCAUUCUCAUCACUGGAUGUGUCCCUCUUAGACGACCAAACCCAAAUACCGAUCCUGAAUGACCUCCAACCGGGUAUCAUCGUCACGCCAGAUGGACACGGAGCAGAGAUCAUAAAUGCGUGGAUUCAACCACCACCCCUCCACAUCUCCCUGAGUGCAAGCAGCGGAACCGACAAUUAUUGCGAUUCGUUUUCGCAGCUCGUCACACAGGGCCAAAAUGCCCCCCUAGACGAGACCAGUCUCCUCAACAUGGCCCGACAGCACGAUCCAGACCGCAUCCACUCAAUCCUCUUCACAUCCGGCACCUCUGGCCGACCGAAAGGCUGCCCACAGCGUGUUGCCGCCAUGACACACGUGCUCGAGCAUCUCUCAUGGCUCAUUACGCCGGAAAACGCGACAUCCGUGCUGCAGCAAGCGCACAACUCGCGCGCCAUUGCUCCCGCUCAUACUUUGCAGACCUGGCGACAGGGUGGAACCGUCAUAAUGGCCGAGCAGAGCUUCGCUGUCGCGGAUACCCUAACAGCGCUGCGGAACCACGCUGUGACAUUUCUCGUUCUCUCGCCCGCUAUGGUGCAUGCCCUGGCCGGCGAGUUGGACGGCCAGUCGACAAUAACCGACUCCGUCCGCACCGUGCAUCUUGGUGGCGACGCCAUCACACAUGAUGUGCUCCGAACUUGUGCGAGUCUGUUCCCAGAAGCCCGUGUCUGCAUCAGCCAUGGUAUGACAGAAGGUCUGGGAUUUUUCGAGUGGCCAUUCAAUAAAGAUACGGAGGAAAUUCCGCUGUUCGGCGAGAUCUGUCCGACGGGGGCUGUGGCGGUGGGAACGCGAUUGCGGAUUUGGGACGCAGAUCGACGGACUGUCGCUUCACGGAGUCAGCCUGGUGAGUUGCAGGUCCAAUGUGAUAGUGUCAUCCGCGAGUAUCUCUUAGGUGGUGGGGAUGACGUAUUUUAUUCCGGGGACGAUGGACGAUGGUUCGUCACGGGUGAUGUGGCUGUCAUGGAUGUUUCCGGGCUGGUCUUUAUCCUGGGCCGGGUCAAAGAUGCCAUCCAGAGGGGAGGGAAGACCAUUAUGCCGGCAGCAGUGGAGAGCUGCCUGGAGAAAUACACGGGGGGUCAGGCUGCUGUUGUCGCAUAUCCUACUAUCGACCCCAAACCGAUUGCCGUGGUUAGUGACUUGACGGGCAAGACCGAAGACCAGAUACGCUCUCAUGUUGUGGAUAUCUUGGGUCAGGGCUACUCGCUGGAUCGAAUCCUGUCGCUGCAGCAGGUUGGGCUUUCAAAAUUUCCAGUCAAUGCCACUCACAAGGUGGUCCGCUCUGAGGUGCAGCGGGCUGUUGCGGAGCAUCUCUCAUUUUCCUGA